AUGGCGCCAAGUUUGAUAUUUGCUCUUGCAGCGUCGUUUCUCACGGUGUCGCUCGUGAUACUACACAGCUUUCUUGCAUGGCAAUAUAAAAGAGUACUUGGUUACGAGAGCCAGAAGGCUGUGCUGUACACCGUAUCCACCUAUGUCCUGAGGCUUACAACCAUAGUCUGGCUAGGGGCCAGUGUGGCAGGCCUGGUUGUGGUCUCACAGCAAGCAUACUGUCUUCCCGACGGUUCCAAUGGCAGUUUUUGGAACGUUGGGGUCAGCUGUGCUCUUCAUCGAGCAGUCGUCAUCGUUUCUGUCCUAGCUUUUCUCACGAUUUGCGUAUACUUUUGCUCCAGGGAGCUUUGCGAACGCCCAUACGAGGUAUCUCUGCUCGGUGUAUAUCGCCACCAACACUCGAGCCGUGACGAUAGCAUCCUCUCUGCAUCCACUCUGAAUAGCGAGAAGGGCCUGAAGCGAGACAUCAUAUGUGUCUGCCGUCGCCCAGACAUUACAUAUGGCCGAGCCCCCUAUAUGACACCAAGCGAAGACAGCGGAGAUUUGAAAAGCAUGCCUAGCAUUCGGCAGCCUGCGCCGAUACGUCCAACAUCAUUUCCACGAUUCAGUCCAGAUUCCAGAGCUGAAGCGGACUACUUGUCAGGCAUGACUGUCACCCCUGGUGCGCAUUCGGACUUACAGAGUAUCUCUCGCACACCAUCAGCUGCAACAGCACAAGACAGUUCUCAACCGCAAGAUCUCUCUGAGCUGCCAGCCGCAACCCUGCGGCCACAAUCAGCCCACACAAGGAAUCAAUCAUCACUCUCCUCCUUUCGGCGGUUUCUUCCAAAAUCCCUGCCGGCAUCUGCACCUUUGUCAUCAGAUCCGCAGAUCCGUGCCCUUGCUGAGGCAAGUGCCCAAGUAGACGUCGAACAGCAGGAACACCAAAAAGAAGAGCCAGCAACCGCAGAACCCUCAACAGAGUCACCACAGCCGCUCCUAAAGGAUAAAAGUGUACCACUCUUCCCUCAAAAUACCAUGCCUAGCACAACCACAUCCCUCCCCAGAUCAACAACCAUGCACUCCACAGAGGCCCCUGAGGUUGUUACGCUUUCUCCAGCUCCCGCUCCCGCUCCUACCAGAUCAAGGACAGCACAAAACUUCUCUUCUCCUCCCACCACCAACCCUAAUCCUAAUCCUAACUACACCCCCAGACCCUGGUCUACUCUCAUCGACCCUACUCAUCACAACCCGCUACAAAUGAACAGCAACACAAUGCGCAUCCCACGCCGACACAGCCAGGGCCAGAACCAGUUCGGAGCCCCUCCUAUCCCACGCUACACGCAAAGCCAGCGCUUUCCCGGUCCACGAGGUCAGAACUGGUACAGCCGGCAGCUGCGCCGGAAUGUUACGAACGUCCAGUAUCAAACCCAAUAUCGGUAUCAACAGCAGGGCUUGCGCCGGCCACGCAGCUCUACGUGCGGCAAUAUGAGCAUUGCUUCUGUUCCAGGGCACUUGGAUUGUAUUCGGGAAACGGGGGCGUCGAUUGAAGAACUGCCAGCGGGUGAUGGGAGCAUACCUCGUAGGGCACAGCAUUAUUGA